GACCUCCUUCCAUAGCGCUGGUCGGCCUCUAGCACGCGCCACUUUCACGAGUCCAAUCACAACGCAGAGAAGCCCUCCUCCCUUUCUCUUUCUCCCUCCCCACGCGACCUGCCAUCCACACACGCGAGGUCCACACCACAACACGAACGUACGUGGGCACCCACAGCUCGCGGGCCGCGCAGCAUCCACGGACAGAGGUGGUACGGAGUCAGGGAGCGAAUAAAGCUCCGCUGAGAAAGUGGCAGCUGGGUGAAAACCGUCGCCGGAGGAGUGGACAUUACCUUUCAGGAAAGGAAUCUGAAACUCCAGAGGAGAACAAGAAACAGAAUAAAGCCAGAGAACCUUAACAUUAGUGUCUUCUUCCUCACCUCAUCACCCCUCAUCUCCACCAAAAUGAAGCUCAAAGAAGACUUGAACCCCAUGCUGCUGCUCCUCUUCCACCUCAUGGUGUGGAUCUACACCACAAUUACCUUCCUGCCAUCCUACCUGCUCAGCUGGGUCUCCAGGUCCCACAGGGAUUUUUAUGGAUCAGAGGAGGAACGGGCCAAGAGACCUAAGGCUUGUUCAGUUCUGGGACGCCCAGAGGGACCCUACAGAGCAGUCAGCGCCACUAAAAGACUACUUUCAUCACUACACCCAGGAGUAGACACACUGGAUAAGAUGUUUGAGUAUGCAGCAAUGAGGUUCCCCCAUAGACCCUGUCUUGGGACAAGGGAAGUAGUUGCAGAGGAAGAUGAGCGACAGAGCAAUGGGAAGGUGUUCAAGAAGGUAGCCUUUGGAGAGUACCGCUGGCUCUCCUAUAGGGAGGCCCUGACGGCAGCGACUCAGCUUGGCAGCGGUUUGGCAUCUUUGGGUCAGCGGCCCAAAACCAACAUCGCCAUCUUCUGUGAGACCCGAGCAGAGUGGUUGAUCGCUGCCCAGGCCUGCUUUGCAUACAACUUCCCAUUGGUCACACUGUACUCCACCCUGGGAGGUCCAGCCAUUGCUCACGGACUGAAUGAGGCUCAAGUCACUCACAUUAUCACCAGCAGAGAUCUCCUGGAGAGCAGACUGAAGGCUAUCUUAUCUGAGGUUCCAAGGCUGCAGCAUAUCAUCGUGGUGGACAACACACCGACCACAUGGCCAGGCUAUCCACGAGGCAUCAGCAUCUACAACAUGGCGGCUGUUCAGAAGCUGGGAGCCAGACCAGAGAAUGCAACGUUUGAGCGCAAGCAGCCUCUGUCUUCAGACAUAGCAGUCAUCAUGUACACCAGUGGGUCCACGGGCAUUCCUAAGGGCGUCAUGAUCUCCCAUAGCAACAUCAUUGCCAGCAUCACAGGCAUGGAGGAGAGGAUACCCAACCUGAGUGAAGAGGAUACCUACAUCGGGUACCUCCCUCUUGCUCAUGUGCUUGAGCUGUGUGCAGAGCUCGUAUGCAUUUCUCACGGCUGCCGGAUCGGCUAUUCCUCACCUCAAACACUCGCUGACCAGUCAACCAAGAUCAAGAAAGGAAGCAGGGGAGACACCAGUGUCCUCCGGCCAACUCUGAUGGCAGCUGUCCCGGAGAUUAUGGACCGCAUCUAUAAGAAUGUGAUGACCAAGGUAGAGGAGAUGAACAGUUUCCAGCGAACACUCUUCAUUCUGGCAUAUAACUACAAACUGGAACAGCUUUCAAAAGGAUACAGCACACCACUGUGUGACAGGUUUGUGUUCAGGAAAGUUCGUUCUCUGCUCGGAGGUCGAACGCGAGUCCUGUUGUCAGGCGGAGCUCCGCUUUCUGCCGCCACACAGCGCUUCAUGAAUGUGUGUUUAUGUUGCCCAGUGGGUCAGGGAUAUGGCCUGACGGAGACCUGCGGUGCUGGGACUAUAUGUGAAUACUGGGAUUACAGCACUGGUAGAGUGGGAGGGCCGCUGGUUUGCUGUGAGAUCAAACUCAAAGACUGGGUGGAGGGCGGUUACCGAAGUACUGACAAGCCUCAUCCCAGGGGAGAGAUCGUUAUUGGCGGACCCAACGUCACCAUGGGAUAUUACAACUGUGAGGCAAAAAAGCAGGAGGACUUUUUUGUUGAUGAAAACGGCCAGCGGUGGUUCUACACUGGAGACAUCGGAGAGACUCAUGAAGACGGGUGUCUCAAGAUUAUUGAUCGUAAGAAGGACCUGGUGAAGCUGCAGGCAGGCGAGUACGUCUCCCUGGGAAAAGUGGAGGCCGCGUUGAAGAACUGCCCUCUGGUUGACAACAUAUGUGUCUAUGCCAACAGCGGUGAGACAUACGUGAUUGGCUUCGUGGUGCCCAGUCAGAAGCAGCUGCUGGCUCUGGCUGGCCAGUACGGUAUCCGAGGGUCAUGGGAGGAGCUGUGCAACAGCAAGGCCAUGGAGGAGCUGGUUCUGAAGGUCCUCACUGAGGCUGCGUUAGCAGCCCAGCUGGAGCGCUUUGAGAUACCUCGCAAGAUCCGACUGAGCCCAGACCCCUGGACCCCUGAGACAGGAUUAGUGACCGACGCGUUCAAGCUCAAACGCAAGGAGCUGAAGACACAUUAUAAAGACGAUAUCGAGAGGAUGUAUGGUGGAAAAUAACGGCCAGGGGCAGCAGAGCACCAUGCUUACAGUUGACUGAAAUAAUCUCAGUGCCAUCUGAGCGACUCUCCCCUCCACCACUCCUUCACCAGCAGUCGUAAUAUUUAUGAGGUCUCAAUUACCUAGCUGAACAAUGGGGAAAGCUUUUGAUUGUGCUAUGAGUCAGUGCUUACAAGAAAUCCUACAGCUUAUGAUCCUGCCAGCUGAUUUUUUUUAAAUCAAUAUGAGAUCUUUGGUGAAAUCUUUAUUAUUGUAUGCGAGUUAUGAAACAGAGCAGAUGUUAUCUCAUCUGUUGAACUCUGGUGCGAAGGCUACAGUAAAAUUACAGCUUUGCUGCCUCAUUCCUACGGGCUCACCAACAAGACACUAGAUUGAGGUUCUGGAUAUCGCAAAAUCAGGUUUUUUUUUUAACACAUUCUUUCUUUUAACUUAGAAAAUGUUCCUCCUCCAGUUCUUACUUUGCUUAUCCUGCAGGCCAGGAGGCAGUUAAUGUUCUUGUUCCUUUUCUUUUUGUCUCCACAUUGUUUGGGUUUCUUGUCUUGGUUUAUUUUGUCUCCCACCCACACUCCGACUGUGACUCUGCCUAAUCGCGGGACG